UGGUACUUGAUGGAGCAUGCGCAAUGGAGUGUGGUUCACAGGUCGUUUGGAUGAAGCGUCGCUGUAUUUUCCUGGUCGGUUCUGGAACCUGCCUGGACGAUAUCAUGUAUAAAUUAAUUCAUGUGGUGCCGCGCGAAUAAAAAUUUUAAGUUAUAAGAAGCUGAAGGUACUGGACUUCAGAAGACAAUAGAAUGGCUGUCAGCCGGACUGUCGCUCUCUUGGGAAUCCUGUUCCUCUCUUUUCUGAGUAUUGUAUACAUGAAAAGUUCCUACAAAGCAGGCUUCCAAGAUAUCCUGCUGCUGGUGGGACGCGCUCUCUUCCUGGUGCUCCUGUCCAGCUGGCUCGUGUCUAUCCUUUAUCCCAGGCUCAGGUCCUCCUCUGCUUCAGCGCCACCUCCUCGCUCUCGGAAUGAAGAUGAAGAUAUGAAACGGAGGCAAGAGCAGGCCAGAAAAGAGCAACAGGAGACACUCUGCAACAAGGCUGCUGCAUAUCAUGAGUCUGUGCUGAUGCCUCGUCAAGAGUCCAAGCUAAGGAAGAAGGAGGAACGCUUCUACCGUAUGACAGGAGAGGCUUGGAAGCUCUCCCCAGGCCAGCUGCUAGGGGAGGGUGAAUUGGUCACGGAGCACCUGGACGAUGAGGACUUAGAUGAUACCCCCAAUGUAAGGGCUAUGCGGAGGAGAAAGAUCCCAGAGAGUGCUACUAGGAUCCUUGUGCAGCCUGAUCCCCCUCAGGAAAAGAAGGUUAUUAUUCUGCCAGAUGAACCAUUGGAAAAUGAUGAGGGGGUUGUGAGGGUGGUCUUGAGAUGUCCCAGUGGAAGAACCCUCCAAAGGAAAUUCUUGAAGUCACACAGCUCGCUGACUCUCCUGCAGUGGAUGCAAAAGAUUGGAUACCCUCCAGCCCUCUACACAGUUUGCACCUCCUAUCCACGUAGAGCCCUGGACACAGGACAGGACUUAAGCCUGGAGGAUGCCGGUAUUGACACAGAUACUGUCCUCAAUAUAGAGGAAAAAGACACCUCCACAGCCUAAGUUACAGCUUCUAGGGUGCUUUGUUAUGGGUGUUCUCAGUGUAGCCGUGUGCUGAGGAAAUGGAAAAAGAAUAUCCAUGUGGAUAAAGGUGAUAAAAUCCACCAUUAUGGAAACAGUUAUCAGGACAGUGCUGAUGUCCUUUCUGUUCCUUUAGCCAAUAAAAUCAACACCAUGCCUUUAUGAAAAAGACA